UACAAGAAAUAAAUUUUUAAUUCAUUUUAGUUGGGAAACUAAAAAAUAUCUUAAAAAGACUUUAAAAUUUUGAUUUGAUAGAUGGUAAAGGGAGAGUAUAACUUUAGAGAACCCAAUUGUACCUAGUGCUGACGUCUUCACGGAGCCCUAGGAUGAAAAUGAAUUUCAUUUUUUGUUAUUUAAAUUAUUAGUGGUGGAUUCACUUGUUUUGGUAAGUAUUAGUACAAAUGCUAGUAAAUGGCAAUAAUUACUUGAAAUUAAAAAAAAAAUUAAUUAAAAUUAAAACCAAGGAGAGAUAAUUAUGACCAUCCCCAUCAAUUCUUCUUUGUCAGAACAAAAAAAAAAAAAAAAAAAAAUUGUUCCUUCUAGUUAAAUUAAAUUGUAUAUCACUUUGUCUCGCAUAUCAUAACCAGUAAUAUCUUGAAAAUCCAAUGAAAUUAAAAGUUUAAUUUGUUUUGUUACGGCCUACAGUUCACUAGAAAAGGAAAUAGUUACCCCGCCACAUGAUAAUGUAGGGGUAGCUGAUGAUGCUACAAAGGCUAUAGGGGAUGCAAAAGUAGAGGAAGUAUUAAACCAGCAAAGUUUUACGGAAAAUGCACAAAGUAUUAAUGUAGGAGGGUCAGGGAACAAAAGUGUAAGUCAUGAAAGUGGAACAGGGCAAGUUUCGCAAGCAAUAUCAUCAACACAAGAUGUAGACAGCACCAUCGGUGACUCGUCUUACAAGGUUGUUCCUAAAUCAAUUGAAAUGCCAUUAAGUGGAGUAGGCUAGAUUGAUGGUGAAGGGAAGGGUGUUGGGGAAGGGAAAGAGAAGGGUAUGGAGACAGAGAAGGGUAUUGUGGAAGGGAUAGAGACGGGUGUUGAGGAAGGGAAAGAGAAGGUUAUGGAGAAAAAAAAGGGUAUUGUGGAAGGAAUUGGGGAUGACACUGGUGGUCCAAUGGAAUAUGAAGCCAGUGGAGGUGGGGUGGCAAGAGGUUCACAGCCAAUUGACCCACCAAAGGAUGAUGAGCCCUCCCAAGAAAUGGUUAUGUCCAUGCAGGGUCAUGACAACAUUCCAAAAGCCAAUGAGGAGGGGGGAGAAGAACGUCAAGCAUCGCAUAAGGUGGAAGAUGCACAACAGGAUAAUGUGCCCUUCCAAAGAGUUGGUUCAUGACAACAUUCCUACAACCAAUAAGAGGGGAGAGCAACGUCAGCCAAAUAAAGACAUGCCAGAUGGGAUGGCAGGAGGUGCAACGGGAGGUGAUCCAGAGAAGGAAGAUGGUGCAGAAAAGGAUGGUGAUGUAGAGAAAGAUGAUGGUGCAGGAAAGGAUGGUGCAAAGGAUGGUGCCGAAGAGAAGGAUGGUGGUGUAGGAAAGGAUAAUGCAACCCCCCAACCAACUGUUAUGACCAUGCGACCUGAGCAUGUUGGGGGCGACACAAAUGAAAGCGCAACAGCUACAUUAGUUGUUGAUCUGACUGGAGAGAAGGAAAUGGCCAUGAACAAGCAACCAGUUGGUGCAAGUCAUGAAGGGAGGAAAAAUAAACGACCUCAGAUUGAUGAUGAUGGUGUCACUCAUGAAGGGAGGAAAAAUAAACGACCUCAGGAAAUUGUUUCCCCGCAUGUUGUUCCCUUUCACAAAUCUAGUUCGUCGCAGAUUGAUGAUGAUGUAUCUGCAACAACUAAUAAACAAAUAAGGAAACCGGGCAGACCAAAGAUGAAGCCUAAAACAGAAGGGGCUGCUGAAGCUGGGGAAGUACAAAAGAGGCCGCGUGGAAGACCGAAAGUGUCAGAGGAACCUAAGAACGGGAAAUUUCAAUUUACAGUUUCCAUUACUUUUUUUAUUUUGACAUUGUGUAGUGAUUAAGAAAUAAUUUUGAUUUUUUUAUUAAUUUUUGUCUUACAGUAUUUAAUUGUACGGGGUUAUCCCAAACAUGUGCGAAUUGUUAUCAAAUCCAUGAUUGAAACGCGGAAGAAGUUUGUGAAGAAACAAUUUUCAGGACAUUUCUCAAGAUCAAAAU